GAAUGGGACAAAAAGACAGUUACGUCGGAGAUGAAGCUCAAAGCAAGAGAGGUAUUCUUACCUUGAAGUACCCCAUUGAACACGGUAUUGUUACCAACUGGGAUGAUAUGGAAAAGAUCUGGCAUCAUACAUUCUACAACGAGUUGAGAGUUGCACCCGAAGAGCACCCUGUCUUGUUGACUGAGGCUCCUCUUAACCCCAAGGCCAACAGAGAAAAGAUGACCCAAAUUAUGUUCGAAACCUUCAACACCCCCGCCAUGUAUGUGGCUAUUCAGGCUGUAUUGUCCUUAUAUGCUUCCGGUCGUACCACAGGUAUCGUCAUGGAUUCAGGUGAUGGUGUCACCCACACUGUCCCCAUCUAUGAAGGUUACGCCUUGCCUCAUGCUAUCAUGCGUCUUGAUCUUGCUGGUCGUGACUUGACAGAUUACCUGAUGAAAAUCUUAACCGAACGUGGCUACUCUUUCACCACUACUGCUGAGAGGGAAAUUGUCCGCGACAUCAAAGAGAAGCUCUGUUAUGUUGCUCUGGACUUCGAACAGGAAAUGCAGACUGCAGCCUCCUCUUCAUCUUUGGAAAAGAGUUAUGAAUUACCUGACGGACAAGUCAUCACUAUUGGCAACGAAAGAUUCCGAGCCCCAGAAGCUAUGUUCCAACCAUCUUUCAUUGGUAUGGAAGCUGCUGGUGUUCAUGAAACCACUUACAACUCAAUCAUGAAAUGUGAUGUCGAUAUUAGGAAAGAUCUGUAUGCCAACACUGUAUUGUCCGGUGGUUCCACAAUGUACCCAGGUAUUGCUGACCGUAUGCAGAAGGAAAUCAGUGCCCUUGCACCACCCACUAUGAAGAUUAAGAUCAUUGCUCCACCAGAACGUAAAUACUCUGUAUGGAUUGGUGGCUCCAUCUUGGCUUCUCUGUCCACCUUCCAACAGAUGUGGAUUAGCAAGCAAGAAUAUGACGAAUCUGGCCCAUCUAUCGUCCAUAGGAAAUGUUUCUAA